UGAAUCUGGGCUGCUCGAAAGUCGAAACCCUCAAUAAACUAAUCCAAAUUCAAAAAAUCAUUUUUCAAGUUUAAGUUUUCGCUCAUUUUUCUCUUGUUUUCUUUUGUAAUCUCCUUUCCUUUUCUUUUUCUUUUUUAAUUUUUAAUUUUCUCGUUAUCCAAACAGUCUCAUUUAACUGUUAUUCCCUCUCUUUGCCGCUCUGAGAAAUGGAGAUGGCUAUGGAGGAUUCGCGUUCGAGCACCUUGCAUCCUAUUUGCUCCAUGGCUUUCGAGGCUUUCUCUUCCGCUGUUAGAACACGACGGUUUGCUAAGAAUCCUAUACCUAGUUCUCCGCGAAUAUCUUUAGUUGGAGUUUGUUGAAGUGUUUUUUUUCUUUUUUUUGUCUUUCAAUUUUUCGUGUUCUUUUUGAGAAAUUUGUUGUUUGGAAUAUUUCUUUGCUUGAAACCUGGAAAUUUGGAGAAUUGAAGUAGAAAUCUCUUGUUUGUUGGUAAAUUCUGUGAGAAUUUAGAAUUUUAGUUUUGAAAGGAUCUGUGAAUUGAAUUUCUAGAGAUUUCUGGAAUUACCGAUACUUUGGUUAGGGUUUCAUGUGGAAUUGCUGAAUAUGUUUAAGCUUUCAUCUGUGGAAGAAGUUGAAGAAACUUAGAGAUUUGUAGUUGGUGGCCUUGUCGUUAUGAAAUUUGAUUCUCUUAGGAUUUUUACAUGUCUGUAAAAUCUUAAAAGGAGAAAAGAAAAUUACUGAAGUUGAACUUAGUUUCUCUGGAAUUGUGAGUUUACUUGGGUUAGGGUUUCAAUCAUAUUGUUUAGGGUUAGAAAAUUUUGAAUGGCUGAAAGGAGGGAAUUAGGAUUUCAAAGGACAGGUGGUUGUAGUUUAAAAGAACAAUUAGCAAAAACCACUCUUAACAAUGUAAGAUCACAAGGGCAUACUUAUGUAGAGCUUCGUGAGGAUGGAAAGCGGUUCAUAUUCUUCUGCACUUUGUGCCUUGCACCAUGUUAUAGUGAUUCAGUGUUGCUUGACCAUUUGAAGGGGAGCCUUCACACUGAAAGGUUAGCUGCUGCUAAGGUUACAUUGUUAGGAUCAAAUCCAUGGCCUUUCAAUGAUGGUGUCCUGUUCUUUGGUGCCACGAAUGGAGAAGAGAAACAGUUGGAAGUUGUAAAUGAUAACCAAAAUAGGUUGUUGGAGUUUCAAAACAGUGAUAACAAUCUUGCUAUAGUUGAAUAUGUUGGUAGUCAAGCUAGUUCCUGUAACAAGGAAGUGAAUGGUAGAGCAGGGGAAUCUGAUCUGGUGAUACCAGGUGUGCUAAUCAAGGAUAAAAUUUCUGAUUUGAAAGUGAGUUUUUCUGGUUUUGGGAGAAUUGCAGCGAGAUUCUGUGAGAAGGAUGGAAUCUCAAAUGGUAUUAGCAGAAUAUGGUGUGAAUGGCUAGGGAAAGAAGCUCCUAGAAAUGAUGAUAGGUUCAAGGUUCCAAAGCAUGAAUUUGCUGUUGUUACUUUUCCUUAUAAUUGUGAUCUAGGCAGAAAGGGAUUGCUCGAUGAUGUCAAAUCACUAUUAACAUCUGGUUCAACAACAGAAUUGGAUAAUGGUGAAGCUGCCAUUAGGAAAAGGAAGAAGUCAUUUUCUGACCCAGAGGAUAUAAGUGGAUCUUUAAGUAAUCAGUAUGAUUCGUCUGGGGAAGACUCUUCAGCUUCAAAUGGUGAUUCUUCAAGACUGGCAUUAGAUCGAUAUGAUGACCAGCUUCUGCUCACAAGAUUCAUUUCAAGUAGGACUAUAAGGAGAGAGUUGAGGCGGCAACAGCGUAUAGCUGCUGAAAGAAUGUGUGAUAUCUGUCGGCAAAAAAUGCUUCCUGAUAAAGAUGUAGCUACACUCAUGAACUUGAAUACCGGAAAACUUGUUUGCAGUAGUAGAAAUGUUAAUGGGGCUUUCCAUGUAUUUCAUACUUCAUGCCUUAUACAUUGGAUUCUCCUUUGUGAGCUUGAGAGGAUUGAGAACCAUUCAGUUAACCCUAAAGCAAGACGAAGAUCUAGGAGGAAAAAUCGAACCAAAUGCAAGAAGAUGGGGAAGGAUGGAGAGACUAAACCUACAGGGACCCUGAUUAAUUCUGUACUCUGCCCAGAGUGCCAAGGUACUGGUAUUGAGGUUGAGGGAGACGAGCUGGAGAAGCCGGAUGUCUCUCUUUCUCAGAUGUUUAGAUAUAAGAUUAAAGUAAGUGACGCUCGUAGAGCAUGGAUGAAAAACCCUGAAAUUUUGGAGAACUGUUCAACAGGCUUUCAUUUCCCUUCUCAGUCUGCAGAGAUGGUUCAGGAGAAAGUAAUGCCCCUAAAAUUGCUGCAUUUCUACAGUGCCGACAAGCUUGAAUCAGGGACAAGUUACCUUGGGUGAAUUCUGCAAUUGAUCUUAUGUUCGAUGUUGGGUGGAAUAGGAAUGUAAGUACCUUUUGUACAUUGUAAUGACUGAAUGCUAUAUUUGACUUUUUUACGAAGCAUAGUUUCAGCUCAUCUUGUGUCUUCCUUUACUGUACUAGUUUCUGUCAUUUAAAUGAAAUGCAAUUUUUAGUUCC